CAGAAUUGUGGUCUGUUGCAGUCUCGGACCAUCGCCACUCCAGAACGAACUGGGCUGCUGUCCUUUCGCCAUGGGCUCCUGUGAGUUCUGGGGUUGGGUCUGCAGCUUCCUGGACAGAGAGCCACGUCAGGUGUUCUGGUUUGGGCAGCAACAGGCAAAGGUUUGGGUCAGAUUUGGAGGGAAACAUUAGCCAGCGUGUAGGGUGGCCGGGGUGGAGGCGCCUGCGGAUUCGCGGGAUGCUGGCCUUAAGAGCUGGAGGGAACAACGCUGGCGGUCCCGGUGAUGCUCGCGGCUCAUCCCAGCGCUUCUCUUUUAGGGCCGCGCCGAGCGCUGAGCCUGCUGCUUCUGCUGCUAGCGCGGCCCAGCCUCCCAGUCGCAGGCUGCCCAGAGCCGUGCAGCUGUGCAGGGACGCUCGUGGACUGUGGGCGCCGCGGACUGACCUGGGCCUCGCUGCCCGCUGCCUUCCCUCCCGACACCACCGAACUGGUGCUGACCAGCAACAACUUGACCGCACUGCCGCCUGGGCUUCUGGAUGCGCUCCCUGCGCUACGUGUAGUGCACCUGGGCGCCAACCCCUGGCGCUGCGACUGCCGCUUACUGCCGCUGCGCGCCUGGCUGGCUGGCCGCCCCGAACGCGCGCCCUACCGCGACCUGCGCUGUGUCGCGCCUCCAGCGCUGCGCGGCCGCUUGCUGCCCUACGUGGCAGAGGACGAGCUGCGGGCAGCGUGCGCGCCCGGCCUGCUCUGCUGGGGGUCUCUGGUGGCACAGCUCGCGCUGCUGGUCCUCGGGCUGCUACACGCACUGCUGCUGGUGCUCCUACUGGGUCGCCUGCGGAGGUUGCGUGCGCGUGAGCGCGCCCGCGCCUUCCGCGAGUUAUCGCUCACAGACCCGCUGGUGGACGAGCAGACAUCCUAAGAAAGGACAGACGCAGAGCAACAAACGACCUGCAAACUUUACAGGUCCCUGCUGGAGAACCCUCUCCUUCACCUGGAUUUGCCUCGGCCUCUGCCCUUGCCCAAUCUUCCAGACCCAAACUCGGCAGGCCUGAAUCCACGUGGGGCCAAACUGCUGCCAGCACUACUGGAGUGAAACAUCCCUGAGCCUUCAGAGCCUAGGGAGGUCUCCCCCUGCCAGACUCUGCACUGAAUAAACCUUUCU